CCCCUUUCCCCAUGCCGGCAGUCGUCUUCUUCGAUAUGACCAUCGGUGGCGCGCCGGCCGGCCGCAUCGAGAUGACGCUCCGCGACGACGUCGUCCCAAAGACGGCGGAGAACUUCCGCGCGCUGUGCACGGGCGAGAAGGGCUUUGGCUACAAGGGCUCUGCCUUCCACCGCGUCAUCACCAACUUCAUGUGCCAGGGCGGCGACUUCACGGCGGGCAACGGCACCGGCGGCAAGUCCAUCUACGGCGCCAAGUUUGCCGACGAGAACUUCCAGCUCAAGCACACCGGCCCGGGCAUCCUCUCGAUGGCCAACGCCGGCCCGGGCACCAACGGCUCCCAGUUCUUCCUCUGCACCGUCAAGACGGACUGGCUCGACGGCAAGCACGUCGUCUUUGGCUCCGUCACCAAGGGCAUGGAGGUGGUCAAGGCGAUCGAGGCGGUCGGCUCGCAGUCGGGCAAGACGGCCAAGCCGGUGGUGAUCGCCGACUGCGGCCAGAUCUCGUAGGCGACACUCCUUGCCUAGACGCCGGGCGCUCCCCGGCUCACAUCUCUGUUCUCUCGGGGGGAUGAUCUCGCUCUUUCAUCACACUCCUUUUCUCCAUCUCGCUCGCCCUAGGGGCCGGCCAUGACUGGAAAACAGCUUACAUGUAGGGUUUACUAGGUUUUGUCGUCGCGGGGUAUUACGUUCAAAGAUAUGCCAUCACGGUGCAU